AUGAUACACACCAUCGAAAUGAUAAACAACUCCUCACUACUAAACGGUGUUAAGCUCGGAUAUGAAAUAUAUGACACGUGUUCAGAUGCUUCCAAAGCCAUAAUAGCUGCGAUGAAGUUACUUGCCAAGUCAAACUCCACGGGCGAUGUCCUGGAGGUUCACUGCAACUACACGGAUUACAAGCCGAUCGUGAAGGCGGUUGUGGGUGAAGUCUAUUCGGAGCUGUCAAUUCCUGUCGCCAGAAUAUUCAACGUGAUGCUGAUACCUCAGAUUAGUUUUGCAUCAUCUGCUUCUAUCCUGAGUAACAAAGGGAGAUUUACAUCAUUUUUACGCACUGUGCCUAGUGAUAUCCAUCAGACGAAAGCUCUGGCCAAACUCGUCAGGUACUUUAAAUGGAACUGGGUAGGGGUCAUCGCGACUGAUGAUGAAUAUGGCAUGUCUGCAGUGACUGAUUUCACAGUUCAUGCUCAGAAGCUGAAUAUCUGCAUUGGUUUCAAUGAAGAGAUUCCAACUUACGUGUGUGAUGAUCAGAGUAACCUACGGAUACAGAAAUUGAUCUCAAAAAUUGAAAGCACUCCAAAUGCAAGUGUCAUUGUCCUGUUUGCUAAACAAGCCAUCGUCGUUAAACUGUUCAAUGAAGUUAUUCGCCAAGGCAUUAGGAGGACAUGGAUAGCUAGUGAUGCUUGGUCUAUGUCCAGAGCAGUGGCAAAGAUGAAGAAUAUUAAGGAAGUAGGAAACAUCCUGGGCUUCUCCUUCAAAACGGGAUGUAUUCCUGGUUUUCUGACGCACUUGAGGAAACUGACACCUCCAGCCCAGGGAUUUAACAAGUUCAUUGAGAAAUACUGGGAACUCUACACCACAUGUUCGAAGGAAGACAAAAACUACACAGAAACAUGCAGUUCAAACACACCGCAAUGCCUAUUCCAGCAGGACAAGAAGCUGAUACAGCCUUUGAGCUGUGAUGAAAUGAAUGAAGAAGACGUCCCUGAAGAUGAUAUCAGUCAUAAUAUUGAGCUGGGUAUCACUUACGCACUAUACAUGGCAAUUAAAUCCAUUGCAGAGGGUCUGAAGAUUCUCCUGAAAUGUCAGAAAGGAACAUGUCAAAGAAAUUUUGAUUUUCCACCAUGGCAGUUGCUGGAAGCAAUGAAGAUGGUAAAGUUUACCGUGGAUGAAAGGUUAUUCUAUUUCGAUGAGUCUGGGGACGCCAUCAACGGAUAUGACCUAAUACAGUGGGAGAUGGAAGAAGACGUUACCAAGUUCAAAACCGUUGGAGAAUAUAAGCUUCCCGAUAAAAAAGUAUACAUUUAUGAUGAAGCAGUCAAAAGAUUUGGAAAGGAUGUGUUUUCCAAUUGCUCCCGCUCGUGUAGACCUGGGGAAAGGAAGAAUGCAUACUCCUUACAUACCUGCUGCUAUGACUGUGUGCCGUGUGCGGAGGGAUAUCAUUCUGCAGGCUGGGACAUGAACGAUUGUUUAAAAUGCUUGGAUGGACAGUGGUCUGAAGCUGGAAGUUCCAAGUGCAGUAACAAGACCAUUGAAUUCUUCGACUGGAAUGAUGGGUUUGCAAUCGUCCUUGUAGUGUUUGCUUCUUUGGGGAUUGUGUUAAUAUUUGUAAUUUUAGUAAUAUUUGCACUGAAUUUGAACACACCGGCGGUAAAGAGUUCCGGAGGCUAUUUCUGUUUUGUCAUUCUUUUCUCGCUGUUCCUCUGUUUCGUAAGCACUGGGUUUUUUGUCGGCAAGCCGUCAGAUUUGCACUGUAAGAUUAGACAGCCACUCUUUGGAAUAAGCUUUACUAUCUGCGUCUCUUGGAUCCUGAUCAAAUCCUUCAGGAUCAUCCUGGCAUUUAAUUUUGAUCCCCUCAUUCAUCAUCAGAUGAAAAAAAUGUAUAAGCCCUUAGUAAUCCUAGUAACUUGUACUCUAAUACAAGUCAUUAUUUGUACAGUUUGGUUGUUAGUGAAAGGGCCCUAUUAUACAAUAAAUCAUAGUAUACCUAAAAUCAUCUUACCAAAAUGUGAUGAAGGUUCUAAUGUAGCAUUUGGUGUUAUGUUGGGUUAUAUAGCUCUUCUUGCAUUUCUUUGCUUUCUGGCUGCUUUUAUGGGGAGAAAGCUCCCAGAUAUUUAUAACGAGGCUCGGUUCAUCACAUUCAGCAUGCUUAUCUACUUAAUUGUGUGGAUCUCUUUUGUUCCUGUGCACGUCAACACCGAUGACAAAUAUCUCCCGGCUGUUGAAGUGGUUGCGAUUUUAGCUUCAAACUACGGCAUCUUGUGCUGCCACUUCUUCCCGAAGUGCUACUUCAUCUGUUUCAAGAAAGACCAAAACACUCCCGAAAAGUACAGAAAAAACCUGCGGGAGCACAACGAGCGGAAGCGUCAGGGCAGCCCGACACAAAAUACAGUGGUAACUGAAUCCUUUUGGUCUGCGCCAGAAUCUCCACCACCUAUGCAUAGCCAGGUCUUUCAGAUUUCUGCAAUGGUAGAAAACAAGAUGUGA